AUGGUCUGUUUCGCAUCGCUCUUCCUGGCUGCCGUGCUGGGCUUCGGCACGCCCAUCCUCACCGAGAACCUCCGGGGCUGGAUCCGGAAGCCCCAGGUGGCUCCCUCGCCAGCUCGGUCCUUUCGCGGAGUUACCUUGGAACCCUGGGAGGAGGUGGAGGCCCCGCUCCCAGACGAGAAAGUGCAUGGAGCUCACUGGCUGGAGGCGCUGUUGGAUUGGAUCGACCGGAGCGGAUGGCUCCUUGCAGCCUCGGCCAUCUGCAUGGCUCCAGCGAGACGUUAUGGACUCCAGUCACGACUCCGCCAGCGCAGCGCGCUCCGAGCCGCGAUGGACGCUGAGGGCCUCGGUGGCUUUGUUGUCAAACUGGCGCUGCCUACCAUCGAGGAGGAGUCGUCUUCGAUAGCGUCCACGCCCUUUCAGCCAACACCACGUGAGCCUGACAGUGUCCCUGUCACGCCGGCUCCGGUAGAGCAGGUCAAAGAGGAGACGGAGUGCAAAGUGCUGCCGCUGCCUGCGCAGCCUUGCGUGCCCCGUGCAGAACCGGAGGAAGAGGCACCGCCGUCUGACAAGCAAGCGCCGCCGCCGCCACCUCCACCACGCGUAUCCUGGCGCCGCUCGGCGCCGUCAUUCACGUUGUCUGAAGAGGUCUACCGGUCCGAAGAACUGGGCCUACGUUGCGCCCACCGUGCGGUGGUGGUGCCGGCCGAGACUCACACAAAACCUCAGGCAGCCGAGACUGCCAGCGCGACGAAGGAGCCAAAGCCGCCCCAGCCGAAGCAGACGCGCAGACCGCGCUUUGCCGUCAGGUCGCAUCCUCUCCCAGCCUCCCUUCGACCACUGCCUCCACUGCCUUCUGUCGCCGAGGCACCAGACCAAGUGGACGAAUCCCCCAAGGCCCCCACAGAGGUGAUGCAGCCCCAGCCCGAAGUCGCGAGAUCUGAGGUUCCCAUUCCGGCCAUCCGGCCGACAUUGCCAAAGCUUGCAUUGCCUUCGCCGAAGGCCCAGGACCUCGGGGAGCUCCGCCGCCGGGCGCGGAUAGCGUCGAAGCGCAGCGCCUCCCUCCCACGGAUCGGUGCUGUGGCCCCGCUCGGCUCGCCGCGGGCGUUGGUGUGCUUCUUUGAGGAGCCGGCGCCCGUGUUACCUUCGCUCCUGGACGAAAGUUCCAAGUCGCCACGGCCUUCGCCGCGAGACCCGUUCUCCUUCUACUUCGACGAUAUGGACUACACCGGUGCAAGCGGCGACAGCGACUCGGUUCGGUCUUGGUCGAAGGAGAGCUUCGCAGAGAUGGACACGCACUGUCACAGUCCCGAGGAAAACUUGAUUUCGCCGAGUUCUCCCUGCUCCUCCCCGAGGUGCGGAGCUCGCGGGUCCAUCUGCAGCCGUGAGUCAACGGCUCUGGCGACCGACCAGGAAGAGUUGGCGCAGAAGUCAUGGGCAUCGGACGACGACAUCCCCAGCCAGGACAUCACUCCCUAA